AGUGCAAGCUGCCCAGAAAAAAAUGGCGUCCUCGUGCCUUACUCCGGAUGCCUGCAAAUCUUGGGAAAAAUCAGGGAAAUCUGAUUUUGUUAAACAAUGCAGAAAACUUGCUGAUGGCAAUGGAUUGUGGGAUCCUGGUUCGCAGACAGUCAAACAUGCUGUAUAUGAUUUGUGUUGGUGUGUUCUUAAAGGACAGCUGAAGCAAGAUUUGGCUCUUGGUGCACUAGCCGACAUCAAUGAUCACUUGAAAGAUUUUCACUCUCUCCUCGCUGAUAUCCUUGGAAUAAUUGAUGUGGAGACCAGUACAACCGACGACAAGAUGCUGCGAGAAAAAUUUAUAACUCUUGUUGGUGCCAGCACCGGGAUUAUUUCUGAAGCCAUUCUGAAGGAGCGCCUCGACCAGGAAUCCUUGGAAGCUGCCGGAUUGAUACCAUCAAAAUUGCAGUUUCAAGCUAAAUUUGUCAAAACAAAAACACGACUGUACUACAAACAACAAAAGUUCAAUUUACUUCGUGAAGAAAGUGAGGGAUACUCCAAACUAGCGACAGAAUUGAACCAAGAAAUAGCAUACAACAAACUCACUUAUCCUCAAGUCCUUGAAAACAUUAAAUCCUUGAUUGGUUGCUUUGACCUUGAUCCGAAUCGUGUUCUUGACAUAAUACUGGAAUCCUUUGAAUGUCAUCUGGAACAUGAAUCUUUCUACAUUCCACUGUUACGUGCCUAUGUUCUUGACAAACAAACAUUAUGCCAUGUUCUCGGAUUCCGAUUUCAUUUUUAUGAGCCUUCCCAGGGGUCAGAGAUUCCAUCAUCACUAUACAAAAUAGCAGCUCUGCUUCUGAAACACAAACUAGUCAGCCUUGAUGAUCUGUAUCCUCAUCUUCUGCCUAAUGAUGCGGACAUUGUCUCAUAUCACAAUAAAGAGGUUUCAGAUGCAAAAGUUUAUGCCAGGAAACUGAAUGUUGUCGUCUUAUCCGACAAAAAAGAUGAGGAUAAGGAUAAAGAGGAUACUAUGAAGAUUGAUUUGCGUGCUAACAAUCAGAAAAUUGGAUUGUGUGAGGCUCUUCUGGAGAUCGGAUCAUGGGAGAAUGCAAAAGCAAUUCUUGAUCGGAUGCCAGAGUUCUUUGCGGUUUCAUACAACCCGAUAGCCAAGGCACUGUGUACUUUUAUUCAUGCUGCCAUUGAGCCUCUCUACCACCAAAAUUGUGGAUUGUCCAGUUAUCUCAGGCGGAGGAGGUCAAAAUACCCCAGAGAUAAAUCUGGCAUUGAGACUGUCAAGACAUUUCAACAACUUUACCAGAAGGUUUUUCCAAUGUUGAUGUAUCUGGGACCACAUGCGUCCAUUGAUCCAGUCUUGCUAGUCAAAUUUAUGAGAAUGGGCAGAGCAUUCAUGAACAAAAGACAUGACGGCGGUAUAGCACCGGAGGACGAUGUUGCUUACUAUGGUUUUCUGAACGUCCUGGACGAUGUGUUGUUGCCAUGCCAGUCUCUGUUGCGGUGUAAUUGCUGCAUAGCUGAAGAACUCUGGAAUUUUCUCAAGCAUUUUCCUUAUGAACUUAGGUAUCGAAUGUACGGUCACUGGAAGAACGAUGCCUAUGGCCAGCAUCCGGUUCUCAUCAGACGACGAGCAGAUUGUCUAGACCGGGCUAAGUACAUCAUGAAGCGACUUUCCACAGAAACCAUAAAGCCAUCUGGUCGUCAAAUUGGUAAACUGACUCACAGCAAUCCUGGAGUGGUUUUUGAAUAUAUAUUGACCCAGAUUCAGCGUUAUGACAACUUCAUUGGACCAGUGGUGGACUCUCUCAAGUUCCUCGGCCCAAUGUCCUAUGACAUGCUGACAUAUUGCAUCAUAGAAGCUGUGGCUAGCCCAGAAAGAGAGAGACUGAAACAUGAUGACACAAACAUAUCAUUGUGGCUCCAAAGUUUGGCCAACUUUGCGGGAUCUAUAUGCAAGAAGUAUCAAGUUGAGCUGGGUGGACUUCUGCAAUACAUCACUAAUCAGCUCAAAGCAGGAAAAAGUUAUGAUCUGUUACUGCUGAGAGAAAUAGUGCAGAAAAUGGCAGGGAUUGAAAUCUCUGAAGAAAUCACCAAUGACCAGCUUGAUGCCAUGAAUGGUGGGGAGCUACUUAGGCAAGAGGGAGGAUAUUUUGCUCAAGUGCGAAACACGAAGAAGUCAUCGACCCGCCUGAAGGACACUGUUCUUGAACACGACCUGGCUGUGUCACUGUGUCUCUUGAUGGCACAGCAACGGGAUUCAGUGAUAUUCCAAGAAGACGCUGAAAGACACUUAAAACUUGUUGGAAAACUUUAUGAUCAGUGUCAGGAUACUCUUGUUCAGUUUGGAACGUUCCUGUCGAUGCAGCUGAGUACAGAAGAGUUUGUUAAGAGAUUACCAUCCAUUGAUGUGCUGGUGUCGGAAUACCACGUCCCAGCAGAUGCAGCCUUCUUUCUUGCCAGACCAUUCUACGUCAAUGCAAUCAAUACUAGAUAUGAAGAACUGAGAAGGAUUGACAAAAACAAUAAACAGGCAUCCAGCUCUCUGAAGACUCAACGGUACAUUGAAGCAGCCAAUGAGGCAAUGACUCCUGCUUUGGAUCUUGUGCGACCACUGUACCAAGACAAAAUAUGGGAUGACAUCAGCCCUCUGUUCUACAUGACGUUUUGGACACUAUCCAUGUACGAUCUUUAUGUUCCAACUGCUGCAUAUGAGAAACAAAUUUCUCUACUGCAACAACAGAUCAGCCACAUUGAAGACAAUAAGGACAUGCAAAGCAAGAAGAAGAAAGAGAAGGAGAGGUGUACAAAUUUAAUAGAAAAGUUGAAGGACGAGGAGAAGAAACAGAAUGAUCAUGUGAACCGAGUUCUGGGAAGGCUGAAACACGACCAGGACAAGUGGAUUUUGUCUGGGUCGACAAAGAACGAGACUGUGACUCAGUUGCUUCAGCUGUGUAUAUUUCCACGGUGCUGCUUCACGGCCAGUGAUGCUCUGUUCUGUGCCAAGUUCAUCCACGUGCUGCACGACCUCAAGACGCCCAACUUUUCCACACUUAUCUGUUUUGACAGGAUAUUCUGUGAUAUUACCUAUUCUGUGACUAGCUGUACAGAGAAUGAAGCUCAUCGGUAUGGGCGAUUUCUGUGUGCAUCCCUGGGGACUGUGAUGAAAUGGCACAGUGACAUUGAUAUUUAUGAAAAGGACUGUGCCAACUUCCCAGGCUUUGUGACGGUGUUCAGAAAGAAAGUGGACCACACUGCAAAGGCCCCUGUAGAAAAUCUGGACUACGAAAACUACCGUCACGUUUGUCACAAGUGGCACUUCAGAAUUACAAAGGCUAUGGUUGCAUGUUUGGAAUCGGGCAACUACAUUCAGAUUAGAAAUGCACUGAUUGUCUUGACCAAGAUUUUACCUCAUUAUCCCCGAAUCACACAGUUUGGGCAGGCUCUUGAGAGACGCGUGGACCGACUAAGCAAAGAGGAAAAAGACAAGAGACCCGACAUCUAUGCCAUUGCUAUGGGGUAUGCUGGACAGUUGAAGAGCAAAAGAAUGACUUGGGUUCCAGAACAUUCUUUCCACAUAAAAGAAGAGAAAAAGGGUGAAGCUAAAGUUACCAAUGGACCAGUUCAAAAGGCUGAAGUAAAGCCAUCUGGAUCCAAAGAAGGUGUUAUGAAAAAGCUAGACACUGACACUAAAGGAAAAGAGGGCAAAGAGAACAAAGACUCGAAGGAAAAGAAAGAGAAGAGUGUUGAGAAGAGAGAGAAGACUGCUGAAAAGAAAGAAAAGAAAGAAGCCAAGGAAAAGAAAGAAAAGAAGUCUGGUGAUCAUGCAAAGGAUGGAGCUAGCAGCAAAACUCCAAGAGAGAAAAGUAAUGACAAGGAAAAAGUCAACAAAGACAAGAGCAGUUCCGAGGAAAGCAAAGAGAAAUCCAGCAAGGAUGUUCAUUUGGGUGAUGGGGACAAGCCCGAUUCAACUGCAGUGAAGGAAAACGGCAAGAGUGAGGGGAAGAGCAAGAAAAGUGAUAAGAAAUCGAAAGAAGAGAAAAUAGGAAAGCUGAAGGUGAAGCGAGAGAAGCAGGACCACUCUGAGGAGAGACGGGCGGAGAAAGGGAAGAAAAGUGUGAGCAAGGAGCAGGAGAAGCUGGAGGAGAGGGCGAACGCGGCGUCACGUGAGAGAGCGGAGGAGAGGUCGUCGUCGUCGACGGUCACGUCCAGCAGCAGUCUCAGUGCACAGAGACAGAGUGAGGACGCUCUGCAGAAAUAUGUAGAUGAUAGAGAUCCAAAACGCAGGAAGAUAGAUGUAACACCAUCAAGUGGUAAGGAAAGUUAUAUUCCAGAAGCAUUGCCCAAACAUCAUCAUAUUAGAAGGAGCCCAUCAACUGAGCGGGAACGAGAGCGUGAAAGGGAGUGGGAUAGAGAUCGAGACUGGGAUAGAAAGGAACGGAAAAGGGAUCAUUCACUUGAGAAAGCUGAUAUUGAAUUGAAGAGAAGACGUAGUGAGGAGAUAUUUUCUAUGCGUUCAAAGCAGAAUGGCGAUUCAGACAUAUCCUCCUCAAAACGGCGGAGUCACAGCAAAGAAAAAGACUGGCAGAUGCUUAGCAACAAACACGCGAGUCCAACAUCGCGAUCAGGUCGAUAUGAGACAAGUCCUGUGAUGAGGAACAGACAGGACAGCCCAACGCGUCUGGUCCGGAUCGAUAGUCCGCCCUUCAGGUCCAACAAGCACAGCAGUCCUCCCAUGAGAUCCAGCAGACAUAUCAGUCCACCCCCGAGACUGAGCAAACACAGCAGUCCACCGCCACCACCACGAUCGGUCAAACACGGAAGUCCGUCACCUCGAGCAAGUGGCAGUAAAAAGGAUUUAGGUUCUUCUGACGAAUCUCCAGUUAGAAAACCAAAAGUAAAGAAAGAAAAACUAUCAUCAUCCAAGAAAUCUAAGAAAUGAUGUACUGAAUGAAUAACUCUGUUUCCAGCCAUCAGUAGAUUGUAUCUUAGAAGUACCAAUCGGUGUGUUCUGUGGUUACCACAAACUGUUAUUCUGUGCGAGAGCAGCAUCACAAAACAGUGCCUAUAAAUUGACAUUUAUUAUAUGUUCUGCCACAUACUUUGUGGUGGAUUUCUUGUUCAGGAAGUGAUACAAAAACAUGCAUCUUUUAAAUAAGUUUUAUUAUAUUUUUUAUUGAUGAUCAAAUGACUUGUUUGAAAUCACUUAAGACUCCUAGCACAACUUAAAAAUCUUCCUCACUGUAAUAUACACAUUCUUCAACAUAUUGUGAUAUACAUGUGAUUAAUUUUCAUGUUUUAUUUCAUGUUUAAAUAUCACAUCUUUCAUGUAAUGUAAUUUACUUCUCAUAUUGUCAAUAUAUAAACAGUGGCACAUUGUCUGCCUGGCAUUUUUAUCAUUUUUGUGUGUGUAUAUGUUACUAUGUGUACAGUAUUAAGUUUUAAUGAAGGUUAGUGUACAGAUUCUAAAGGGAUACAUUAAAAUGGCAGUAUUUGUACAGUAA